ACCAUUCUUCACAAUUCAAACACUUUUUCUCACUACCAACCUCUUUGAAACUUUUCCAAAACCAUUCACUAUUUUCAUUUCCAAAAUCUCAAACUUUGGUUUCUCAGUAUAAUAUAUUUCUUCCAACUUUGAACAAACAAGUUCCAAACUUUGAUUUAAUUUCACAAUUCAUAUCUUCCCAGUUCAAUUUUCUUUUCAUCUUAUUAGUUAUUAUUUCUUUGACUCACUUUUUUUUUUUACUAACUUUUAUAGUUUUGGCGACCCUUUUAAGCCUUCUAUUGUUCUAUUCAAAUUCUCAUUAAAAAAAUCACUUUUUUUUUUACAAUUUUUCCAUUUUAUAAUCUUGAGUGUGAUUUUUACUUUAUUUUGUUAUCUCUUUUUUCUUUUUUAGUUUUAUGAAAUGGUUGUUGAAAUUUGUUCAGAAAAUUGUAAUAUUGUUUCAAUGAGUCCAAGAAUUUCAUUCUCACAUGAUUUCUCUCAAAAAGGUCCAAUACCAAUUGAAAAACACCCUUUAAGAUCAAAUUCAUCUAAUUCAAAUUCAAGCAUUGAUUUUGAUUUUGGUGUCAAUGAAAAUUCAGAACAUGAAUCAUCUUCAGCUGAUGAGCUUUUUUCUCAUGGUAUCAUUCUUCCUACUCAAAUCAAGAAGAAGACAAAAAAUGUUCCUUUGAAGCAAGCAACAAUUCAACCAACAAAACCUCAACAUUAUGCCUUACCACCACUCUAUGCAAAUGGAAGCAAAAGCUCAAACAAAAUGAUCACAAAGGAUGUGAAAGAUUUGAACAAUGAUGAAGUGGAUGAGAAGCAUGGUUCAAAUAAGUCAUUUUGGGGAUUUAAGAGAAGUAGUAGUUGUGGAAGUGGAUAUGGUAGAAGUUUAUGUCCUUUGCCACUUAUUUCUAGAAGCCAUUCAACUGGUUCUUCAAAGAAAAGUUCUUCAACUUCAAGAUCCUCUUAUUCUUUUGGUUCAAGCAAUCAUCAAAAGGCUCAAGUUAAGAGAUGCCAUGGUGGAGCUUAUGGUAAUAAUAGUGUUAGGGUUAAUCCUCUUUUGAAUGUUCCUUGUUCAAGUCUUUUUGGUUUUGGUUCAAUUUUUUCGAAAGUUAGAAAUAAGAAGAAACAACAAAUUACAUGCUCCAAAAAUAAUUAGGUCUUCUGAUCACACCAAUAUAAGUUUUAGUCAGAUUAUAUAUAAUUAGGUCUUCCGAUUAAUCGUGAUAUCAAUUUUAGUCAAUUGACACAGAUAAUUAGGUCUUCCGAUCACAUCAAUUGAGAUGUGAAUUUUAGUCAGUUGACACGGGUGAUUAGGUCAUUCGAUCACAUCAACUGUAAUAUAUAUUUUAGUCUGCAAUUCUACAUCGUAAAUCUUCUAUUAGAUUCAUCACAAUAAUUUUACUAAUUUGUCGAAAGAAUAGUUGUUUUCGAAUUUAAAAUUGUAUUAAUUUACAAAUGGGUCGUUUCAAUUUUUUUGUUAUGUUUCCAUGGUUUGGUUUAUGAUAAGAAAAAUUAGGUGUAGCUUGUAUAAGUUAAAGUUUUGAAAGGUUAAAUGUUUGUAUCAAGAAGACAAAGUGAUAAGAAAAAGAUGGUUGUGAAUGGAAGGGACAAAUAAUGAUGUAUUUCAAGCACAUGAUUUAGGGGACACAGAAUGACAGGUUAAUGUUGCUUUCAUGGUUGUCAUUUGUUAUUGUUUUCUUUUUCCUCUUCCUGUUGUUCACACAAAUUGUAAUUACAUUAAUUUUUCUGAUUUUUUCUCUUUUUAUCAUUUGUACUUUGUGUGUAUGUUUUUCUUCUAUUAUGUAUGAACAAGAGGUUUAAAUUAAAGUAUAGAUGCACAUGUUACUUCUCUCCUACCCCAUUUGGUUAGGGUGGUUCAUAAUUAUUUAUUAUAUGAUAUGAUUGAUGGCCCUUGUUAUUUCAAAAUGCACAUGUGAAAUGGUUUUUCCACUAUUCCUAUAAUGCAGUUUUGAUCCCGUGAAAAAAAAAGAAGUUGAAAUUGAUAUGUCCAACCGAACCAA